UCUCCAAAAUUCAUAAUUUUCACUACACCAUCAACUACUAACCAAAAGCAACAAUCAUCAACCCAUUAUCAUACUAAUUUAACAUCCUUUAUAAACUUUACUAAGCAUUCAACACAAACAUACAAUUCCAAUCUAUCCUAUGGUUAUCUAGCCUAAGUUUUCACAAAAUAUUAUAUAUUAAAUACGAGAAACCGUUUUCAGUCAGGUCAAUGUAACAGAAUAAUUGAAGGGGAAGUUCACAUUGGAGGUCAGGAACACUUCUAUCUUGAGCCACAUAGCAGUUUGGUGUGGACAUUGGAUGGUGGAAAUGAAGUUCAUAUGAUAUCAUCUACUCAUGCCCCUCAGAAGCACCAGAAAUAUGUUUCUCAUGUUCUUGGUCUCCCCAUGUCAAAGGUAGUGUACAAAACAAAGCGAAUUGGUGGUGGAUUUGGGGGGAAGGAGACAAGGUCAGCCUUUAUUGCUGCUGCAGCUUCAGUUUCAUCAUAUCUGUUAAAUCGGCCUGUGAGGCUCACACUUGACCGAGAUGUUGACAUGAUGAUAACUGGGCAACGCCAUAGUUUUCUUGGGAAGUACAAGGUAUUGCUAAUAUCAAAUACAUUGGUAAAACUGGUGUGGUUCUUUGAACGUCAAAAUGUUGCUGUAAAUUUUUUUUUUCCUCUUUAAGAUGUAUUUUAGGCAGAAAAUGACUAUGAACUGUUGUAUUAGUACUUUUGAUUGCUUCUAUCUGGCUUAAAUUCUGAGAGUGAUCACUGGUUCUUCUGAUUUUAAUGUGGUUGAAUAGUCAAUUAGAGAUAUUAUCUGAUUUUUUUC